AUGAGCGGGAGAGUCGGCGACCUGAGCCCCAAGCAGGAGGAGGCUCUGGCCAAGUUUCGGGAGAACAUCCGGGACGUGCUGCCCGCCCUGCCGGACCCAGAUGACCAUUUCCUGCUGCGCUGGCUCCGAGCGAGAAGCUUCGACCUGCAGAAGUCCGAGGCCAUGCUGCGGAAGCACGUGGAGUUCCGGAAGCAGAAGGACAUUGACAACGUCCUGACCUGGCAGCCACCAGAGGUGGUCCGGCUGUACCUGUCCGGGGGCAUGUGUGGGUACGACAAGGAGGGCUCUCCCGUCUGGUACGACAUUGUGGGGCCCCUGGACGCCCGGGGGCUGCUCCUCUCGGCCACCAAGCAGGACCUGCUCAAGACCAAGAUGCGGGACUGCGAGCGGCUGGUGCAGGAGUGCCACAGCCAGACGGCCAAGCUGGGGAGGAGGAUCGACAGCAUCACCAUGAUCUACGACUGCGAGGGCCUGGGCCUCAAGCACCUCUGGAAGCCGGCCGUGGAGACCUACGGGGAGUUCCUGUGCAUGGUGGAGGACAAUUACCCCGAGACCCUGAAGCGCCUCUUUGUCAUCAAAGCCCCCAAGCUGUUCCCCGUGGCCUUCAACCUGGUCAAGCCUUUCCUGAGCGAGGAGACGCGCAAGAAGAUCAAUGUCUUGGGAGGAAACUGGAAGGAAGUUCUGCUGAAAUACAUCAGCGCCGACCAGGUGCCCGUGGAGUAUGGGGGCACCAUGACCGAUCCCGAUGGGAACCCCAAGUGCAAAUCCAAGAUCAACUGGGGGGGCGACAUCCCCAAGACCUACUACGUGCGCGACCAGCUGAAGCAGCAGUACGAGCACAGCGUGCAGAUCUCCCGCGCCUCCUCCCACCAAGUGGAGUACGAGAUCCUCUUCCCGGGCUGCGUGCUCCGGUGGCAGUUCACGUCAGAAGGCUCGGACAUCGGCUUCGGAGUCUUCCUAAAGACCAAGAUGGGGGAGCGGCAGAAGGCGGGCGAGAUGACCGAGGUGCUGCCCAACCAGAGGUACAACGCCCACCUGGUGCCCGAGGACGGCAGCCUCACCUGCAGCACCGCCGGCAUCUAUGUCCUGCGGUUUGACAACACCUACAGCUUCAUUCACGCCAAGAAGGUCAGCUUCACCGUGGAGGUCCUGCUUCCGGACAAGGCUUCCGAGGAGAAGAUCCAACAGCUGGGGGCGGUCACCCCAAAGUAA